UUAACUAUGACAUACAGUGUGAGAUGGUUAAUUAUCUGUUGGUAAUCUCUGUGGACUUCAACCUGAGACACUAAAACUCUUUGUGUUCAGUAUUUGCUGCUUGACCGUCCACAUGUCAGAACGCUGGAGCUGAAAUGGAAGACAUCUCUAAGAGUCACAGUUACCUGGAACAGGGGCGGGGCCAUGAAGAACACACCACUGACUUGCCGAUGCGAGAAGACAGAAACGAUAAACAGCCAAUGGGAGGACAGGCAGCAGCAUCAGACAUGAUUUACACCAUCGAGGACAUCCCACCCUGGUACCUGUGUAUUCUCCUGGGACUACAGCAUUACCUGACUUGUUUCAGUGGUACUGUAGCUGUACCUUUUCUCUUGGCUGAGGCCAUGUGUGUUGGCCGAGACCAAAGCACCAUCAGUCAGCUGAUCGGAACCAUUUUCACCACUGUUGGAGUCACAACUCUGAUCCAAACCACCGUGGGAGUCAGACUCCCUCUGUUUCAGGCCAGUGCAUUUGCAUUCCUGAUUCCUGCUCAGGCGAUCCUCAGUCUGGACAGGUGGAAGUGUCCCCCUGAAGAGGAGAUUUAUGGGAACUGGAGUCUUCCGUUGAAUACCUCACAUAUCUGGCAGCCUCGCAUCAGAGAGAUUCAGGGGGCCAUCAUGGUGUCCAGCCUGGUGGAGCUAAUGGUUGGUCUGUGUGGUUUACCUGGUCUGCUGCUCGAGUACAUCGGUCCACUCACCAUCACUCCAACCGUCUCACUGAUCGGCCUGUCGGUCUUCACCACUGCUGGAGACAGAGCCGGGUCCCACUGGGGCCUGUCUGCACUGUGUAUUUUGCUGAUCGUCUUGUUUGCUCAGCACCUGAGAACGACAUCACUUCCUGUUCCCGUUUACAGCAGAGAGAAAGGACUGACGUCGACCAGAGUCCAGAUCUUCAAGAUGUUUCCUAUCAUCCUGGCCAUCAUGGUGGUUUGGCUCGUCUGCUACAUCCUGACUCUGACCGACCUGCUGCCGGACGACCCCGAUCGCUACGGACACAAAGGUCGGACCGACGCCCGCGGUGACAUCAUGACCUCAUCGCCCUGGUUCAGGGUGCCCUACCCUUGUCAGUGGGGGUUGCCGGUGGUAACGGUUGCUGGGGUACUGGGGAUGUUGAGUGCGACCAUGGCAGGUAUCGUGGAAUCAAUCGGAGACUAUUACGCCUGUGCACGUCUGUCUGGAGCCAUGCCCCCUCCGGUACACGCUAUCAACAGAGGGAUCUUCACUGAGGGCGUCUGCUGCAUCAUCGCCGGUCUGUUGGGGACAGGAAACGGCUCCACCUCCUCCAGUCCCAACAUCGGCGUCCUGGGAAUCACCAAGGUGGGCAGCAGGCGGGUGGUGCAGUACGGAGCAGGCAUCAUGUUCCUGCUGGGAUCGGUGGGGAAGUUCACAGGCCUGUUCGCCUCGCUGCCAGACCCGAUCCUCGGAGGUCUGUUCUGCACUCUGUUUGGUGUGUGUCCCUCAGGUAUGAUCACAGCUGUUGGUCUGUCCAACCUACAGCUGGUGGAUCUGAACUCCUCCAGAAACCUGUUUGUUCUUGGGUUCUCCAUGUUCUUUGGUCUGACGCUGCCUACGUACCUGGACACACACCCCAACUCCAUCAGCACAGGUCUUCCAGAACUCGAUCAGAUCCUGAUGGUUCUUCUUUCCACUGAGAUGUUUGUUGGAGGUUUUCUGGCUUUUUGUCUCGACAACUCAAUACCAGGUUCCCGUCAGGAGCGCGGCCUGAUUGGCUGGAGGUCCUCUGACUCCUCCUCUUCCUGCACCUACGACCUACCUGUCGGGAUGGGCGUGGUCAGACGGACCCGCUGGCUCCGGCGGUUUCCCAUCAGCCCUUCCUUCACAGGUUUCAGGGCGUCCAAUGACAUGCUGCCACCUCAGCCGGAGGAGGAGCAGAAGGAGGAGGAGGAGGGAGCUGCUGGCAUCCACCUGCCCAGCACCAAGGUGUGUCCAGAUACAGGUGUGUCCUGCUAGUCUCUGCUCAUGCAGGUUUCUGGUGGAUUUCUGCGGAUGGGUUUGUAAAUUACUGCAUCUUUGUCUCUGGUUCGGCUCUGCAGUGGCCCCCUGUGGAAAGGUUAGUUAGUGUUUCAGAGCAACCUUCCUGUUACCAUGGAAACAUCAUAAAGCAAAGAUCUGACACCACGUUGUUUUACUUUCCACUUUUUAAUUUACACCAGAAUAUCAGCAGAGUUUUCAUCAGAACUAAAACGUGAACCAAAGAAAUGUGAAAAACCAGAAGGUUUUUUUUUUUUCUGACUGACAGCAGCAUCUGGAACCGGCCACGUCUGUAAACAUGAAAAUACAUCAAUUAAAGAAAACCAGAUCUAA